AUGAAUAAUUUUUUAUCAAAUUCUUUCAAGAGUACAAAUUCCAAUAAUUUCGACAAUAAAAAUAAAGAUGAUGCAGGGAUAAUUAAUAAUAAUCCAAUUGAUUUCAAUAUAUCUCCUUCAUCACCCAUUAAUUUAAAGUCAUCAAAUAUAUCAUCUGCAAUUUCCAUUCUUGAACCAUCGCCAAAAUCUUCAAGUUUAAAAGAUAAUUCAACAAUGUUAAAUAAUACUAAUAACAACUCAAAUCCUAUCAAGGAUGUCGAAAAUAAUAAUAUUACUUCUUCCAAAUUAAAUUCAAGAAGUAGAUCGGGAACUUUACCAUCAUCAUUUUUACCAUUUGAUCUUAAUUCCAACUCAGUUCAUAGUAAUAAAACUAAUGAUGACCAUAAUAAUAAUAAUAAUAAUAAUACUAAUAAUAAUAAUAAUAAUAAUAAUUUUAAUGUCUAUGGUAAUGUUAAUCGAAAUGGAUCAUUAUCAAAUUCUCCUAUUCAUAUAAAUUCAGCUAACUCCGAUUCAUUAAAAUUACCAUCAAUGGAUUCAGUUUCAUUUGGUUUAUCAUCUUCUCCAAUUUAUCAAAAUUUAUCAAAUGAUUUUUCAAAUAAUCAUUUAAUUACUCCAACAUCAAAAAGAAAUAGAUCUGGCUCUUUAUUUUCAACAAACUCAAUUUGGAAUGAUGAUACAUGUCAUAAUAAUCAUAAUAAUCAUAAUAAUCAUGCUAUGUCUGCCUCGUCAUCUCAUUCAAAUAAUAAGAAUAAUACUGGUAGUAAUACUUUUCUAAGUCCAUUGAUUGACACUUCAAAUACUAAUCCACCAACAAAUGAUUCUUCAAAUCAACCAAUUCAAUCUAGAAAUAGAUCUUAUACAACUACUUCUGCAAUUCCAAGUCUCAAUAUCGAUUCAUUUAAUAAUCAACUUCAAUUUUCAACUAAUUCACAACAACCAUUUGAUUUUAAAGAGUCAUUAUCAUCAAGUUUAAGAGUAUCAAAUUCUCCUUUUAUAUCUGUAUCUAAUAAAACUAAUGAUAUGAAUUUGUUAUUAGAUAAUUUUUUACUUAACAAUCAACAACAAAUACCUAGAGUAAGAUCUCAAACUUAUAGUGGUACUCCUCCCACAAUUCACGAUAAUUUAGUAUCAAUGAACCAACAACAACAGCAACAACAACAACAACAACAACAACAACAACAACAACAACAGCAACAACAACAGCAAUUACAAGAUGCAUUACCACAACAAUUUGCACAGUUUUCAGAUUAUAAUCAACAACACCAACAAGAACAACAAUUGCAACAAGUAGCCCCAUUUCAACUUUCGCCAAAUUCCUCACAAAAGCCUAUUUUAAUCGAUGAUUGUGAUUUCACUCAAAUGGUUAUUACAACAAAUUUUGAAAAUCCAAAUUUAGGUCCAACUUCUUGUUUAUUAUUUGAUAAUUUACCUUUAUUCAUCAAUUCAUUUAAAUUAUUUUCACUUUUAAUCAAUUUUUCAACUCAAAAAUCAAUGUAUGGUAAUAUUAGUAAUGUUAAAGUUACAACCACUUCAACAUCCAAAUUGGCUUUGGUUGAAUGUUCAAAUAUAGAUGCUGCUAUGACUUUAAAAGCAAAUUUCAAUCAUUUUGAAAUAGUACCAGGUAACACAUUAUACGUUGCGUUUGCAAAACUUGAUGAAAAACAAUUACAACAAGAUCAAGAACAACAACCUCAACAACAACCUCAACAACAACUGCAAUUACCUACAAGAAGCUUAUCCAUUAAUUCAGAUUCAAGACCUUGUUCACAUUCUUCUGAUAUUCUUUCAAUAAAGGAUAGUUUAAAAUCUUCAAUUAAAAAAUUAUCUUCAAAUUGUGAUAUGACAAAAAUUGAUUCAUUGAUCGAAACAUGUAAUAAUUAUCCAAAUGAUGCUUAUCAAGAUGAUUUUGGUUCAUUACCUGAUCCAAUACCAUUACGUCAAUUCGAUUCACCAUCAUUAAGGGAAUUACGAAAGAUUUUAGAGAAUAAUGAAGCAAAAUUAUUAGGUCAACAAAUUGAUAAUGAAAAAGAAAUUAUGUCAAAUCUUGAAUUGGAAGAUUUAGCUUUGGCAAUGUUGGAUGAGUUACCUGAAUUAUGUUAUGAUUAUUUAGGAAACACCGUUGUACAAAAAUUGUUUGCGUUGAUUGAUUCAUCUUUAAUUAAAUUAAUGAUGGUCAAAGAAAUUAUUCCUUAUUUGACUCAAUUAAGUAUUCAUAAAAAUGGUACUUGGGCAAUUCAAAAGAUUAUUAAUUUAUGUCAUUCUGAUUUUCAACAAAUGUAUUUAAUUGGUGCAAGUUUCAAACCUUAUGCAGUAAAGUUAUUUAAUGAUCAAUUUGGUAAUUAUGUUAUACAAGGUUGUAUAAAAUUUGGUUCACCAUUUAAUGAUUUUGUUUUUGAAGCAGUAGCUGAUAACUUUUUGGAAAUUUCAUUUGGUAGAUUCGGCUCAAGAUGUAUUAGAACCAUAUUGGAAAGUAAUAAUAAUAAUCAUGAUUCAAAUUGUAAUAACAAUUAUAUUUCAAAUGAACAAAUUUUAUUAGUUGCAAGUUUGAUUAUUGAAUAUUCAAAUGAUUUAGUAGUAAAUUCAAAUGGUUCAUUAUUAAUCACUUGGUAUUUAGAUACGUUUAAUGAUUGUGAUUCUAAAAUUGAAUUAUUAAUGAAUAAGUUUUUACCACAUUUAAAACAUUUAUGUAUUCAUAAAUUGGCAAAUUUAACCAUUUUAAAAAUUUUAAAUAAUAGAAUUGAUCAAAAAUCAAGACAACUUAUAUUGGAUUCUAUUUUCAAUAAUCAAGAAAAUUUAGAAUAUAUUUUAAGAGAGCAUGAUUCAAGUAAUAAUAAUAAUUCAGCUGGUCCUUUGUUUAUUUAUAAGAUUUUAAGUAAUCCUAUUCUAUCAGAUUUAGUAUCAAAUUAUAUUCCAGCUAUCAAAAGACAUUUAAUGGAUGUUAAUAUUAUUAAUUUUCAAAAUUACAAAAAAUUAAUGGAUGAAGUGGGAUUAUCAGGUAAUAGAAUUAAUAGAAAUGGGGGUAAUUAUAAAAGAAAUCAUGUAAUUAACAAUAAUAACUCAGUUAAUAAAAAUGCAGGAAGAUCUGGAUUUAAAAUUGAUAUUUAUUCACAUCAACAACCACCAUUAGUUUACGCUCAACAACAACCACAACCAUAUCAAUAUAUUCCAUUAGGACAACAAGCUCCUCAACCUUCAUAUGUGAAUCCUCAAAUGUAUAUGAAACAAAUGUAUGCUCAGCAAGCUGCAUUAGCUCAACAACAACAACAACAACAAUUUCAACUCCAACAUCAACAUCAACAACAUCAACAACAGCAACAACAGCAACAACAGCAACAACAACAGCAACAACAACAGCAAUUACUGCAACAAGAUUUAGCUGUUAUGCAACAAUUAGAACAAUUAUCAUUGACUUCUGCAGCAUUAGGUUAUAAUUCUAAUCCAGGUACGCCUACAAUUUCAAAAAGUCAAUAUCAAUAA